ACAAGUUGUCGUCACGUGGUUGGAGAUGAGCAGCGGGAGCUUAUGAGAUCCUGACAGGGCAACGGUUCCUGUCUCCGGUGCUGUGGUGGACCCCCGUAUAUUACACACAGGCUUCAGUGGUCAGUAACUGGUCCCCAGUAUGGUGGUACUGGGUGUCCCAAUAGCCUGAGCUCUCUAACCACCUCAGUGCCGAGACCAUCGAUACCAUGAGCAAACGAAAGAGCAAGGAGAAGAGCCCCCCUAUAGGAGAAUGCAUCUCUCAGGUACAAGCCCUGGUCCGGCAGAGGCUUCUGCAGCAAGGCCACCCGGGCAGGAGAUGUGGGGUGGAGGCUCAGCACAAGCACUUAGUUGAGCUUCUGAAGAGAACAGUGAUUCAUGGGGAGAGUAACUCUGCACUGAUCAUCGGCCCCAGGGGAUCGGGGAAGAGUAUGCUACUACACGAUGCUCUAGAAGAAGUAUUUGCAGUAAAAGAAAUAAAGGAGAAUGCAUUGCAGGUCCAAUUGAAUGGUCUAUUGCAGAUUAACGACAAGAUUGCUUUGAAGGAAAUCACCAGACAACUGAACCUGGAGAACGUAGUUGGGGAUAGAGUAUUCGGCAGCUUUGCGGAAAAUCUUUCUUUCCUCCUCGAAGCGUUAAAAACAGGUGAUCGCACAAGCAGCUGCCCGGUGUUGUUCGUACUGGAUGAGUUCGAUCUCUUUGCCCAUCAUAAGAACCAAACGCUGCUCUACAAUCUCUUUGACAUUGCGCAGUCGGCUCAGGCCCCUGUUGCGGUGAUUGGGCUCACGUGUCGACUGGAUGUCAUUGAGCUUCUGGAGAAGAGGGUUAAAUCCCGCUUCUCCCACAGACAGAUCCACCUGCUGAACUCCUUCAGUUUCUCAGACUACCAGGACGUGUUUAAAGAUCUUCUGUCUCUGGCUCCCGGCUUUCCAGACACACAGUUCUCUGAGAAAUGGAAUGAAAAUCUUCAGGUUCUGCUGGAAAAUAAGACGGUGGAAGAAGUUCUUCGGAAGCAGUUUAACGCAUCUAAGGAUAUGCGAUCCCUACACAUGCUAUUGCUGUUGGCCCUGUGUCGCGUCAACGUGUCUCAUCCUCAUCUGAAUGCCGCCGACUUUGUUGAGGCUUAUAGACUCCGCAACAUGGAUUCCAAAGCCAAUAUAUUGCACGGUCUGUCUGUGCUGGAAAUGUGUCUGGUAAUAGCCAUGAAACAUUUGCAAGACAUUUACAGCGGGGAGCCCUUCAAUUUCCAAAUGGUUCACAAUGAAUUUCAGAAAUUUGUUCAAAGGAAAGCUCAUUCUGUUUAUAAUUUUGAAAAAGCUGUCGUCCUGAAGGCAUUUGAACAUCUUUAUCAGUUGGAGCUGAUCAAACCAAUGGAAGGUCUCUCCGUCCGGACACAGAGGGAAUACAGACUGAUGAAGUUGCUUCUGGAUAACAGCCAAAUAUCAGAAGCCCUUCAGAAAUACCCCAACUGUCCGACAGAUGUCAGACAGUGGGCGAUGUCCUCUCUGAAUUAAACAACUUUUUUUUUUUUUUUUUAUAAA